AUGGCCCAACUCCUGCCACAGGAUUUUCGCUUCCCAACCAUAAAGCUCUAUUUGGGGUCGGCCGACCCUCGAGCUCACAUCAAUAGAUAUCGGGCAGCGAACAUGAUGACAGACGCAAGCGACGUCGUUAUGUGCCAAGGUUUCUUCGCAACCCUGGACGGCCAAGCCCAGGAUUGGUUCACGACUUUACCCAAGGGGUCUAUCUUAUCCUUUGCUGACCUCUCGGGGCAGUUUCUGUCACACUUCGUAAGUAGUAUCCUGAAAAAGAAGCAGUUCGCCACCAUGUGCAAGUUAGAACAAGGGAACAUGGAGAGCCUGACCGACUACCUAACCAAAUGGAAGAAGGAGGCAAGGUCGGUUGAGAACUUCGACGAGAAGGCGGCCGUGCCGAUUUUCACCAGCAAUGUCAGGUCGGGGCCUUUUCACCGCGACCUCGUCCAGAACCCGUCGAAGUCCUACGCGGCGUUAUUGGACCGAGCAACGAGGUUCACCGAUGCAGAGGAAGCUGAGCGGAAGAAGAAGGAAGAGGGGAGGGGUCGCCGAGACAAGGCGCCCCAAGAGGACCGUCGGGCUCCAAGGCCCCCGCGCCAAGGACCACGGUUGGCCUCGUUACGUUGUUUCACACCCUUGACACACCCACUAAGCACCAUCCUGGAGCACGUAGAAGUCAUGGGCAUCGUAUCGUACCCGGCUGAAUGUUUGAAGAUUUCGCCCAACACUGACCCUCACAAAUACUGUCAAUUCCACAGACAGAUAGGGCACUACACUGAGGAAUGUAUGGUCCUCAAACGCCAGAUCGAGAAACUCAUUCAAAGGGGCUACCUCGGCCAAUACGUGAAACGACCCAACCAAGGUAAGGCUCAAGGACCAGGCGAUGUCUGGAAGAAGAAGGGUGACUCCGAGCCACCCGCCUCCGGGUCCCACAAAAGGGAACUCGGCCAGCUCACGGAGGAGGAAGAGAAGGAGCUGGAUGACUCUCACCCCCAGAAGAAGCAGAUCCAUGUCAUCUUCGGUGGGCUGGAAGGGGGUGACACGCAAUUUGAGAGAAAGAAAUGGGCCCGAAGCCUUUACGUAGGGGAAGUCGUCCGUCAACCACACGAAAAGAGGCCAAGGAAGGAGCCCAUUGUGUUCACGGACGAUGACCUCCCAGAUGGCCCCCUACCGCACCGCGACGCGGUGGUGAUCAAGCUUGACAUCAACAGCAUCAUCGUGCACCGAGUGCUGGUGGACACAUGA